UUUACCAGGUGCCGCUCCCCGACCUUCUCCUCAGCGUUUCCCAUCCCCUCCCUCAGCCGUUUCCCUGCGUUUCCCCCUCGUUCGCAGCCGCUCUCUCGGCGGUCUUCAUCCAGACAAGCGGAUCCCUACGUUGACCGGCGUCAGUCCUCUAUCUAGCCUCCUGCUAUCCCUUCUUCCUUCCGCUAUUGGCGGAGCCAUGGACCACGAGAUGGCGGAAGCCACGGAUGAAGUGUUUGUCUGCUUCGAGGUCGAUCUGGACUACGAAUUCGACGCGCCAAGGUACUUCGACCUCGGCCGGGAGGAGACGCCGGCGGAGGCCCGGGCGGCGGAGCUCUGGUUCGAUACCGCUGGAAGCUACCCUCCCUCUCCUUUGAUAGCAAAGUUAAUUUUUCAAAAAGAUACCAAUGUAGCAAAUACAAGUACUGCUCCGAAUCUUGAAGAUUUGGUGUAUACAAAUCCUGAGGCUGCUCAUGCAGAUGCUGCCGCUCCUGGAUUCUCUAUAGUUCAGGAAAUGGAGAAAGGAUGUACAUUCCACAGCUCUAUACUGCAAGGUGUAUCAAAAGGUGAUCAUAUAUCUACCGUUAAUAACUGUUUCUCAAAAAGAUCAACUUUAAUGAAGCCUACUGCAAGUCAAUUGGCCAAAAAAGAAUGGCCACGUGAAGUGAAGUCAAUCAGCAGGCUGCAGAAGCCCUUAGAAGUUAAAAGAGAACAGAGAUUUGAAGAUUCAAAUGAUUAUAUUCAUCAAGCUGCCAAAAGGCAGAGAUUGGAAAAAGGACAUUGCUGCAAGGUUACUGAUGCAAAGCAGCAAAUCAACUUGUUUCACAAAGUCCCAGAAAAGAAAAAUGGGCUCUCUGAUGCCAAUAAUCAACUUCCUAGAUUGAGGCUCACAAUACCCAGGGAGCCUGAGUUAGAAACAGCCAGAAGGGCAUUUAGUUUUAGAGCUCAACGGCAAAGGUUGGUUGAUGCUAAAUGUCUUGUAGAAGGAAUGCCACAGUUUACUUCCACAUUUAAAGCACACCCUUUAAACAGAAAAAUUCUUGAGGCUCCUUCGCUGCCCCUUCCUCAGAAGAGCACUCCUAGAUUGCCCAAAUUUAAAGAAUUCAAUUUUAGAACUCAUAGCAGGGCUCUGCUACACAGUACAACUUCAUCAACUUUGACUUCAGGCAGUCAUAUUCCUACUACUACAGGAGAUGUAAAAAGUUCAGUAAGGGCACAAUUUCAGACCUCUGGUCACCAGCUACAGCAAAAUGAGUGUAAAAGGGAUGUUGAAGUUAAAGACAUCUCAACAAAAUUCAGGCCUCAAGCCUUAAAUCAAAAGAUUCUUGCAAACAAAGGAGACAUUGGAGUUUUCCGAAGUACCAAGCGGGAUACAACAAUACCCAAGGAAUUUAACUUCUUAACAACAAAAAGGUUUCAGCAGAAUCCACUAAAUGAGCUUUUCAACAAGCUCUCCUUGGCUUCUGAAGCACAAAAAGCUACUGCUCAGAGGAAGUUCCCACUGCCAAGUCAUUUAGAUGCAAAGGUUUCCAACUUGUAUUUUAGUCUGUUUAAUCUAAUAGUAUUUCCUUCCAACUGUGCAUUUUAAUUGCACUAACUUGUAUUAAAGUUUAUUUACUAGUUCUUGCACUAAUUUUGUCAAGGACUCUAAAGAAAACUUGAUCAGCGUUGUACACAAAUAGCAAUGAGGAAUUAUGUAAGCAAUGAAGAAACUUGAGCUUCGGAGGGGCAUAUAUCUUAUCACAGUGAAGCAUGACACCAAUAUUUUUGGAGCCUUGGCAAUUUUGUACAGGUUUUAUUUGAUUUUUCAUCCCAAGUGGAGUACACCUCUGCUCAUGGUAUACAGAAUCUGGUAAUUGACUCAGCAAACAUAUGACAUUGCUGUUCUGCCAUAUAGUUUUUAUUUGGCAGUCUCAUCAGCUUUCUGUUUGCUGAGGGAUUACAUGCAACAAAGUCGAAACUUACAUUAUUCCCAAACAGCUAGAGUAGCACAGAACUAAGAGAGGCCCGAUCGUCUCUUGUCCACCAAAAGCAAACAGGUCAGAACUGUACAGACUCGCAUAAGCUGUAAUGUUCUAUUUCCCUUUAUUUCCUGCAUAUUUCAUGCACAACAAGAGCUUUAAUCUCAGAUGUUCAUAGUUGAAAACCCUUCUGGCUAUGAAGUGGUUUGAUACAUUGUAUUGCCAGAGGAAAUUUUUUCAUCAGGGGCAAUACAGUACCCAUAUUACCCAGUUUCUGAAAUUUUCCAAAGCUUGUCAUCAUCUGCAUCAACUUGU